UAUCAAUUAUGAUUUGAUUUGAUCGCAGUUGUAAGGUUGGUUUUUAAAAGUAAACUGAAUUAUCACUAAAAAUCAGCAUGAAAAGUAAGCUGACCUUUAUGCUUCUAAUUUACUUUUUCUCUACAUCUUCCUCAAAAACAUAUCUUGUAGAAACGGUUGAUAAGGAAGUGACAAGAAAUUAUGGUAAACAUGCUGCCCUGGAAGCUUCAUCAGUUAAACCUGUUAUAGUUGGUGAUGAUUAUAGUAUAGAUUUGAAUAGUUCAAAGAUACUUUUAAACUUGUUAAAUGAUUCUGAUGUUUCCGGAGGAGUAGAGCUUCCAAAAAAAAUAGAUUCUUAUGAAGAUAAAAACAUUACAAAUGAUACAAAUGCUCCUAAAGAUGGAAAUGUAUCAGAAAAUGUUGAAGAUGAAAAUCUUGGAAAAGAAGUUGAUUCUUCUGAAGAUGGAAACCUUCCAGAUGAUAUACAUUUUUUUGAAGAUGAUAAUCUUCAAGAUGACAUAUAUGUUUCUGAAGAUGAAAAUACCCUAGAUAAGAAAGAUGCUUCUGAAGAUGAAAAUAUCUCAGAUAAUGUAGAUGCCUCGGAAGAUGAAAAUACCCCAGAUACGAAAGAUACUUCUGAAGAUGAAAAUACACCAGAUAAUGUAGAUGCCGCGAAAGAUGAAAAUACCCCAGAUAAUGUAGAUGCCUAUGAAGAUGAAAAUACCCCAGAUAAUGUAGAUGCUUCUGAAGAUGAAAAUACCCCAGAUGAUGUAGAUGCUUCUGAAGAUGAAAAUACCCCAGAUAAUGUAGAUGCUUCUGAAGAUGAAAAUACCCCAGAUGAUUUAGAUGCUUCUGAAGAUGAAAAUACCCCCGAUAAUAUAGAUGCCAUAGAAGAUGAAAAUUAUCCAAAUGAUGUUGGUUCUGUCGGAUAUGGAUAUGUUGUAGACAUUGGUGAACCCCUUAAAGAUGACUCUGUUGGAAUUUGAUACCACUAUUUCAUAAGUUUUUUUUAGACUUUCAUACCAUUUUCUGAGGUUUUUACAGACCAUUUGAUUUAGCAUUUAAAUUACACUCGCUGAGGUUUAGUGUUUGUCUAUCUGAUGGUAAAAAGGUUGAAAAUACAAUUUAAAAAAAGAUAAAAGCGAUGAUGUUUUGAUAACUUUGUUAAUAUAAUAUCACCUUUAUACAAUUAUGACUGACUCAAAAAAUGUUUCGAUAUAAAUGUUCACUAAUUGCCUUUUUAACCUUUAUAAUAGAUAAUCACAUACAUGGUGGAAAACCUUGGUACAAUCCCCCCCCUUCCUGUCCACCACAAAAUUUAUUCAGUAAAAUUUUAGGAUCUCAAUUAUUCUUCAGGAAAAGAAAAAAUUCUUGCUCAGAUUAUUUUUUAUGAUUUUUAAAAACUAUUUCUUAUCUCCACAUAAAUUAACUAGUAUAGCAA